UCAACAUUUUUACGAAUCAUAAGUUUCUUGAGUUUUCUGUUGAGUUUAACGAAAAAUUUCGUUCAAAAUUUAUCUAAUUCUAAACUGAUAAAAAACAAAAUGUGUCUUAAACCUCGUACAGAACUCGUUCUUGAUGCCAUCAUCCUAAUAAUUGCAGCCCCAAUUGCAAUUGGAUUAGAGUCUACCGAGGAAACCCUGGAAACAUACCACAAAAUCCUUAUUGGAGGAUUAAGUUUUGCAGUUUUAGCUGCAAUCUUAUUGCUGAUUGGAGUAUUCUCGAAAAAACUCUUUCCUCUGUAUGCUGGGAUGGCUAUAAUGCUUUUGGUAGCUGUUCUACUUUUUACCAUAAAUGUGAUCGAGUGGACCACGGGAUGGAAGUACGAAUACAUAAUUUACGGUGUAUGUUUUCCUGUCUUUUUAUUGUAUGCGUGUUUCGAUGCAGGAAGGCAUGCAUUAGAAUUAAAAAGUUCAAGAGAUUAAAUGGAACCAAGUAUGGGGCGACUUUGAAUGAAAUACUCCAAUGCUUUUUAAUUUAAUUUGAAAAAUUGUCUGUGUCCUAAUCGAAACCAUUUUAAAAGCCAUAUAAAUUUUUCUUUGCAUUGAUAAAA